GCGCGCCCCCGCUGGCCACGCGCGGGAGAGACGCUGCGGAGAGGUCGGCGGGCCCGGGGGCGUCGGCUCGGCCUGGCGUUCCGACACCUGGUCGCACGGAAUCGGAGACAGGCUCGAGAAGACGCUGUCUCAAGCCCUAAAAUAUGACUUCUCACAUGAUCCGGUCGUGACCACGGCCUCCCGGUGGGGCUCCCAGCUCACAGAGCGGCGGGGGCGCGAGCAGCCCCAGCCCCGGUGUCCCAGCCAGAGAGGCCGGCGGGGCCAGAGCACCGGUGCUGGUAGGAUGGAGGUGGGGGAGAGGAGCCCCCUGCUGGCCCAGGGUGCUGGGCGUCAGGAAGCACCCCUCGCCAGCAGCAGCCCGCUCACUGCACGUCGCGCAGGGCCGGCGCCCUGGGAGGACCAGGCCUGGAGGGCCGGCCUUCGGGGGGUCCUGGCCUGUCCCCCCCCUGCUGGAAGCAGCUGCCUCAAGUGCCUGGUCUUUCUGACCAACUGCCUCUUCUCGCUGCUCGGCCUGCUGGCCCUGGCCGCUGGGCUCUGGGGCCUGGCUGUCAAGGGCUCCCUGGGGAGGAGCUGCGGGGGCCCCCUGCCCGCAGACCCCAUGCUGGGGCUGGUGCUGGGCGGGCUGGCCGUCAGCGCGGUGAGCCUGGCGGGCUGCCUGGGCGCCCUCUGUGAGAACACCUUUCUGCUGCGCUGCUUCUCUGGGGGCGUCCUCGCUUUCCUGGUGCUGGAGGCCGUGGCAGGGGCCCUGGUGGUGGCCCUCUGGGGCCAGCUGCAGGACGGCCUGGAGCACGUCCUCCGCGAAGCCAUCACCCGCUACCAGGACGACCCAGACCUGUGCUUCCUCAUCGACCAAGUCCAGCUCGGGCUGCAGUGCUGCGGGGCCGCCUCCUACCAGGACUGGCAGCAGAACCCGCGUCCUAAAAGUAUCCACAUGGCUUGUUCUCAUUUGGUGGCCACAUGUGACGUUGGGUUGGUGGCAGCCCCCUCUGGUGCUGUAAGGGCACCCGGCCUGCUGGCAUCGGAGCCCCUGCCUUGGUACUUUAACUGUAGCUCCGCCCGGGUCCAGGCCUGCCGUCUUCCUGCCUCCUGCUGCACUGACCCCUGGGAAGAUGGGGCCUCUGUCAACGACCAGUGUGGCUUUGGGGCCCUGGGCCUGGAUGAGCACGGGGCCCAGAGGCGGGUGCACCUGGAGGGCUGCAGCCCCCAACUCCGCCAGUGGUUGCACAGCAACAUCGGGGCUAUAGGCAGCUUCUUCAUCACGGUCGUCACGGUCCAGGGGGCUGAGGUCCUGCUGGCCAUCCAGCUGGUGAGGGCCCUGGCUGUCUGCAAGGGCGCAGCAGGGAGGCUGGGCCCGUCCACCAGACCCCCAGACCCAGCGCCCUGCCCUUUGCCAAAGCGGGCUGCCUGGCAGGUGGGACCGAAGACCAGGGCACUGGGAUGGGGUCUGGGGCUGCAGGUCUCCCUUUCUCCCCCCGGGAAGAUGUCAGAGUAACCCGCCUGGGGCUGGGACCCUCAGGCUUCUUCCCCCUGCUGCCUGCCGUCUCCCCAGCGCCCUUCCUCCUGCUGCCUGCCCACUGCUGUAAGCCGAGCCAACGACUGCCUGGCCAAUGUCUGCCACCCACGGGGGGUGCCAGGCAAAGCCCCCUGGCCGGUGGGGAGAACAGGGGCGAGCAGGAACUGGUUGGUCGGAACCCUGCCUCCCAGCCCCCAACUCUGACCCUCACCUCCGACCCCCACCUCCGACCACCUCUGAGUUCCCAUCUCCAAGCCCAGUCUAGGAGGCCCCCCGUCCUCACCAAAGCCUGACACCUGCCCUCCUCUGGGGCCCCUUCCCCCUUUCCUGUCCCUUGUGGCAGUUGACCUUGGAGCCCGGGCCUCUCCCUUGAGUGCUGCCUUUGGGGGUGUGGCUUUCCUGGAGACGUGUCACUGAGGGAACUGCGGCAAGCCAAGCCGAGGGGGCAGCGUGAGGGCCUUGCCUCUCUAACCACCCGAGGAUCGGCCGCCAGUGGAGCCCCCCCAGCAGGCGCCUUCGUGCCCUCCCCGCGGUCACCCCUGCUGGGGCUUUGCCACCUCUGGUUAACAAUGCUUUCUCUGGCCUUCGCAUAAACGGGGUCCCAGGGGCCCCUCCUCAAGA